AUGGAUGGUUUUUUAUUUCGAGGUUCCAAGUUUCUCUCUCGAAUUGUAUUCUUUUUAGAGAAAGAAAACGAGGUAUAUGAUGAAAAAGCUCAAGCAGAGAAAGCCCUAAAAGAGAAAGUCGUUCAAAUAGGAGGUGAUAUGUUGGAUUUGUAUGACGUCAUAACAUUUGACAAUCCCGAUGGUGGCGUAUGGAAACAAGGCUGGGAGGUGACGUACGACAAAGAAAAGGUUGCCGAAGAGAAAACGUUACAAGUUAUCGUGUUGCCUCAUUCUCACUGUGAUCCAGGCUGGAUAAAAACAUUCGAAGAGUACUACCAUACUCAGACACGAAACAUCUUGGAUGGUAUGGCGAGACACUUAGGACUUGAUAAAGAUAUGCGAUUCAUAUAUGCAGAAAUUUCCUUCUUUGAAAUGUGGUGGAAAGAUCAAAAUGAUGAUGUGAGGAAGAAGGUCAUAAAAUUGCUGAAAGAUGGCAUAUUUGAAUUUGUAACUGGUGGUUGGGUAAUGACAGAUGAAGCAAAUGCUCAUUAUUUCUCGGUUAUUACUGAACUAUUCGAGGGACAUGAAUGGAUAAGGAAUCACAUCGGUCCAGAUUUCACUCCAACAAAUCAUUGGUCCAUUGAUCCAUUCGGCUUAUCACCAUCGAUACCGUAUCUUCUUUCAGCUGCUAAUAUUACCAAUGCGGCGAUUCAGAGGGUUCAUUAUUCUGUGAAGAAGCACCUAGCUAAGAAUAAGCAACUAGAGUUUAUGUGGCGUCAACUGUGGGGUUCCCAUGGAAAACCUGAUAUUCGAACGCAUAUGUUUCCUUUUUACUCAUACGAUGUUCCUCAUACAUGUGGACCUGAUCCGAAAAUUUGCUGUCAAUUCGAUUUCAGGCGAUUAAGCACAUACGAUUGUCCCUGGGGUAUUGCUCCAAAGAAAAUUACACGUGAUAAUAUUGAAGAACGGGCUUUCUUAAUCUACGAUCAGUACAGAAAGAAGAGCCAGCUCUAUAAAACAAAUGUACUGUUAGUACCUUUAGGUGAUGAUUUCAGAUAUGAAGAAGAUAAAGAGUGGAAUGACCAAUACGAUAACUAUAAGAAACUUUUUGAAGAAAUGAACAGAAGGAAAGAAUGGAAUGUUCAUGCACGCUUCGGCACACUCUCCGAUUAUUUCAUAGAAUUGGAUCGAUCACUUCGUGCUGAGCAACAGUCGUUGCCCGUUUUAUCCGGAGAUUUCUUCACCUACUCUGACAGAGAUGAUCAUUAUUGGAGCGGUUACUUCACAUCUCGCCCGUAUCAUAAACAACUGGAUCGUACGCUUCUACAUCAACUAAGAGCGGCUGAAAUCGCCUAUUCCUUACGAUCAAUGAAGGAAGGAAAACUUGUGAAGGCAAGAAGAGCAUUAUCGUUAUUCCAACAUCACGAUGGUGUGACUGGUACAGCAAAAGACCACGUGAUGAGCGACUAUGGGGAAAAAAUGUUGUCGGCUCUUCAAGAUACAGAAAAAGUGCUUUCUGAAGCACUGGGUGGAUUGAUAGGUGCCAAACCAGUUUCGAGUACGGGUCUGCUUUUGGACGAACAUCGAAAGGAUCAGAAUACAUUACCGAUGAGAAGAACCUAUAAGAUUGGCGAAUUUGUCGUUCUGUUCAAUACACUAUCACGAUCGAGAAAUGAACCGGUAUGCAUUCAUGUGGACUCUAAGCGUGCUGCAGUAGAAAAUGCCGAGGGCAAGGAGGUGACUGUUCCUUACGAAUUCUUGAGUAUAGGAAAUGGAGGAGGAGACAAUCGAUCGGGUGCCUAUCUUUUCCUUCCCGACGGCGAAGCAAAAGUAUUAGAGCAGGACAUAAAAGAAAUCAUGGUUGUCAAAGGACCAAUCAUGCAAAAAGUGUACCUUCUAGGGCCCAAGGAACUGGAAAUAUUGCAAGUCUAUUCACUAGCACAGAAUUCUCCUUCUAUAGAAAUUGCCAAUGAAGUUGAUUUACGAUCAAAAUCUAACUUUGAACUAGCAAUGCGUAUGGAUACGAAUGUCCAGAGUGGAGACGACCUAUUCACGGAUCUGAAUGGACUUCAGAUCAUCCGAAGGCGGCGACAACUCGACAAGUUACCGCUACAAGCUCAUUUUUAUCCGAUGCCAUCAGCUGCUUAUAUUGAAGACACUUCUACGAGAUUAACUCUACAUGGAAAUCAACCCCUAGCUGUUUCUAGUUUGAAACCUGGUCAGCUCGAAGUUAUUUUGGACCGUCGCCUGAACCAAGAUGACGGUCGAGGAUUGUACCAGGGCGUUAUGGAUAAUCGUCGGACACUAUCACGUUUCCGACUUCUGGUCGAGCCUUUGGUACCGUCGGACAACAUAAAUACAGCCCAAGAGCGAGUAGGAUAUCAUUCGAUGGUUGGCCUUGCACAGAACAUGGAACUUCAUUAUCCAAUUGUUAGAAUGAUUUCUACAGGUAAGAUUGCUGAGAUGGUGUCUGGAAUAACCUCAAAUCUCCCUUGUGAUGUUCAUAUGACCUUACUGCUUAUUAGGACCCUGGCUGGACCUACGGACUACAACGGAAAUGGAUUAGCGUCACCCAAAAAUGAAGCUGCGCUCAUUUUACAUCGAUCGUUGACAGAUUGUAGAUCUAAAUUAAAGUUGGACUCCGAAUGUGACCAAAAGGACAGUGCGGUAAGUGACACUGGACGGGGAAUGAUCACGCUGUUAACAAUGAUAAACAACAAAUUCUCUACCUUCAGUGAAACUUCACUUACACUAUUAUACCAUGGGAAAGAAAUCACUCAACUCACUAUGCAGCCUCAGGAUGUUACUUCAGUAAAAUUAUCAUGGUAG